CAAAAACAAACUAUUAUUCAAAAAUUUCGAUCCCUAGCUGCAAAAUCCCUAAUUGCUAGAGAGAGAGAGAGAGAGAAUGGGAAGUAACCGUGCUAGAAAUUUCCGGCGGCGAGGGGACGACGACGGCGAUGAAAACGACGUUAAAGAUCCAACCGCCGCGCCGAAACCGUCUUCAGCUCCUUCCUCGUCAAAACCUAAAAAACUCCCAGCCUCGGAGCCGAAGAAGAAGCUACUCAGUUUCGCCGAUGACGAGGAAGAAGAAGAAGAUGGACCUCCCCGUGUAACCGUAAAGCCUAAGAACGCCAGAGAUCGAAGCAAAUCUUCUUCGCGUCUCAGCGGUUCUGGAUCUGCUCACAGACUUAACUCUUCCACCGUGGAGCAUCGUUCCUCCUCUUCUUCCACUUCCUCCUCCACCGUUGCUCCGCCUUCCAACGUGCUUCCCCAGGCGGGCGCUUAUACGAAAGAGGCACUCCUCGAGCUCCAGAGGAACACGCGUACGCUUCCGUAUUCUCGCCCUAGUGCAGCAAGUUCCGAGCCGAAGGUAGUGCUCAAGGGCUUAAUCAAACCUCAGCAGCAGCAGGAGAAGCAGAGCUUGACGGAUGUGGUUAGGCAGGUUUCGGAUUUGGACUUCGAUGAGGAAGGGGAAGCCGAUGAUGCGUUCUUCGAACAGGCGGUGAUUGAAGCUAGAGCCAAGAGGGAGAAGGCGAGGCAGCCACGUUCAACGCCGGCGCCUGAUUUUAUAUCACUGGAUUGUAGUACCGCGAAUCGUUCCGCUGCUGAAGUGGUUAGCGACGAGGAUGGGGACUUUCAAGGAGGUUUCGUCGUGUCGCACAAAGGUAAUGGGAAAGCUGUGUUUACAGCUAAUGAGUCCACGACGGAUAGUUUAUAUGAGGAUGAGGAUGAAGAAGAGAAGUUGUGGGAGGAGGAGCAGUUUAAGAAGGGUAUUGGUAAAAGAAUGGAUGAAGGGUCUAACAGGAUUGCAAGUAGCAAUGGAAUGGCUUUGCAUCCACAACAGAAGCCACUACCACAACAACUACCGCAGAUGUAUGCUUAUCAUGCCAAUGUGCCCCCUACCAUUGGUCCAGCUACUAGUGUUGAUGCAUUACCAAUGUCACAACAAGCUGAGCUUGCCAAGAAGGCAUUGCAAGACAAUGUUAAGAAGCUUAAGGAAUCUCAUGCAAAAACUUUAUCCUCGCUUACCAAGACAGAUGAGAAUUUGACUGCUUCGUUGAUGAGUAUCACAGAUCUUGAAAGUUCUCUAUCUGCAGCUGGAGACAAGUAUGUCUUCAUGCAAAAACUCAGAGACUUCAUUUCUGUUAUCUGCGACUUCAUGCAGGAAAAGGGUUCCUUCAUUGAAGAAAUUGAAGAUCAGAUGAAGGACCUUAAUGAAAAACAUGCUUCAGCUAUACUAGAAAGAAGAAUUGCAGAUAACAAUGACGAGAUGGUAGAGCUAGGGGCCUCCGUGAAAGCAGCUGUGGCAGUUCUAAACAAACAAGGAAGCAGUACUUCAGUGAUUGCUGCUGCCACAAGUGCUGCCCUUGCUGCCGCUGCUUCUAUAAGACAGCAGACUCAACCAGUUAAGCUUGAUGAAUUGGGCAGGGACGAAAACUUGCAGAAGCGCAGGGAAGCAGAAAGAAGGGCUGCAGCACGGCAGAAAAGGCGAGCUCGAUUUGAAAAUAAGCGUGCAUCAACCAUGGAGAUUGAUGGAUCUUCUUUGAAAAUAGAAGGGGAAUCAAGCACUGAUGAGAGUGACAGCGAGACUUCAGCAUACAAGGAAAUCAGAGAUAAGAUACUUUUGUGUGCUGAUAAGGUCUUCAGUGAUGCAUCUGAGGAGUUUUCCCAGCUUUCAAUGGUGAAGGCGAGAUUUGAGAAGUGGAAGCGAGACUAUUCAUCUACUUAUCGGGAUGCUUACAUGUCUUUGACCGUACCUUCCAUCUUUUCACCCUAUGUUAGAUUGGAGCUCUUGAAAUGGGAUCCUCUUCAUCAAGACGUGGAUUUCUUUGACAUGGAAUGGCACGGCUUAUUAUUUGAUUAUGGUAAGCCAGAAGAUGGUGAUGAUUUUGCACCCGAUGAUACUGAUGCCAACCUUGUCCCUGAGCUAGUGGAAAAAGUUGCGAUUCCUAUAUUGCACCAUCAGAUACUUCGUUGUUGGGAUAUACUUAGCACCCGGGAGACAAAAAAUGCUGUUGCUGCUACAACCUUGGUGACAAAUUAUGUUCCCGCUUCAAGCGAGGCCCUAGCAAAAUUAUUUUCUGCUAUUCGUUCUCGUCUUGUUGAAGCCAUAGCAGCUAUUGCGGUUCCGACAUGGGAUCCUCUGAUAUUGAAGGCUGUACCUAAUGCUCCACAAGUUGCAGCAUAUAGGUUUGGUACAUCAGUCCGUCUUAUGAGAAAUAUAUGCAUGUGGAAAGACAUCCUGGCUCUUCCAGUGUUGGAGAACUUGGCUCUGAGUGAGCUUUUGUUUGGAAAAGUCCUACCUCAUGUCAGAAGCAUUGCUUCAAAUAUCCAUGAUGCAAUGACAAGAACUGAAAAGAUCGUUGCUUCUUUGUCUGGAGUAUGGACAGGACAAAGCGUCACAAGAACUCACAGUCGGCCGUUGCAACCUCUUGUGGAUUGUAUUCUGACACUAAGGAAAAUUCUCGAGACAAGGCUUGCCUCAGGACUGGACGACGCUGAAACCACUGGUCUUGCCCGCAGGUUAAAGAGAAUACUAGUCGAGGUCCACGAACACGAUCACGCCAGGGAAAUUGUCAGAACAUUCAAUCUCAAGGAGGCAGUGUGAUGAAAAUCUUUUAUUGGUGGGAAACUAGAAAUUCAACUCUGAAAUCUGUAAUCUCGAAGUUAUCAGACACGUUUCUCCCGAGGAUGUUGCAUUUCAAGAUUUAUGGAAGCCAUUUGCGUAUGCAAAGAGUUCUUGUACAUCGGCAUGUUUGUAACCUCUGAGCGUAUACGAGCUUAUAUAAUCUUGUAUGAGAUUAUUUGGCAAAUACAGUUUUCCAGUUAAUAUAAGCCACAACUAGUAUUUGUUGUGCUGCAUUUUCGAAUUUUUGUUACACAAGUCGUCUCUAUACCCAAAGACGAUUUAUUUGGUUGAACUUCU